AUGCUUUUCACUCGUGACACAACAUACCACGUCAUUAACAGUAAAAGAUGCCCCUCGCUUAGGCUCCGUGCAGAGAUGACAAAUGUGCAGCGACAUAAAUCGUCAUUGAUAGACGAGUUGAGCAAAGGAAAUCAACAUCCAGCGUUACCUCACGUGUCGAGCCUUGCGGAGAGUUUGGUUGUGAUUGCUUUCGGUGGGGUUCAGGAUGCACAACAUGGAAACAAGGCGACAAAACUAAGUAAUUAUAAUUGCGGAACGAUGCCUAACACAAACAACCAAAACAGAGGUGGGUCUGCUACGGCCCAACGUUUUGCUAAAAUUUUGAGUUCCAUAAUGGCACCCCCUCUUCCAUCCUUAUGCUCCACUUAUCACGGAUGGGACAGAUACAGCGCUGUGGGAUUCGCACCUCUGGUGCCCCCACUCCAAUGUAAAACCCCGGAAUCGGCAAGAAUUCUUUAG